AAAUGGCGGCCAAAUCAGUGGACAGCUAGAAAGAAAGCUUGGCUUGACUUGAUUUUUUUCAGCCAGCAAAGAUGAGAAAAGGAAGCGAGUCGCCGAGGAAUUUUAAAUUAUAAGUGUCUUAUUAUAUGACUCUCUUAUCUUUUCGACUGCCACACGUGUUUGGCAUGGCAGAUGGUGUUUUGUCGAAUGCUUAAUAUUUACUUGUUAUUUGCAAUUGUCUUUUAUAUACGAUUCACCAGACGCUGUGCAUAACGUCGAUAGAUUUCAAGCGAAAAUGUCUGUUUGUAAGUAAAAAGCUAAUUAAAUUACACAUUUUCACAGAUCAGAGUCUGAGACUUAUCCAAACAGAAUGUUCGCAACAAAAUACAUUUGACUUAGAAUUACUUGUUUUGCUUGUUGUAGGGUUACGUAGAGCUGAGAAUCCUACCUCUUACAAGCAACCUAACAAGAGUAAAGCUGAACUCAAAGCAAUGCAAUAUCCUUUUAAUAUUUUUCUUGAGCGUAUUAUCUUCUUGCUGGCCUGAUGAAACAGGUUAUUCUUAAAUUAAACAGGUAAGGAGAGUGAGUGUAACAAAGGUCGUGUUUUGUACCUUGACUUGGUGAAUGAAUCAUGCGAGUCUGUGUCCGGGAUGAAAGGAGAUCAGGGGAACAUGACUGGUAUGAUGCUGGUUUUCAACUGGAUGAUCCAGGAAAAGUUGUCUGCCCAGAUAACAAAAAGUAGGCUAACAGUAAACAAAGCUAAAGGUUCUGUACAAUUCAGUUAAUAAGUGACCCUAAGAAUAUGUUGUUAACUCACUGGUUCAGUUAAAAUGAAUUAGAACAUAGAUGAAGGAGUGAACUGGUUUAACAACAAGGUUUAACUGUACCAAAAGUAAUGUCUUUGCAGUUGUCACAAAAUUAUUGUAACAAAGAUAACUCUCAACAAACUGUGUGUUGCAGAGGAAAUGAAUGGUCCCAUCAUGAAAGAAUGUAAAUUAGAGCUCCCACAGAAUUUUCAGUCUAUUCUCUACACUCUUGAUAAAAGUGAGAUGAAGACACUGAAAUCAUGUGCUACUAGUCUUUCAUCCAUUCUUUGCAUUUCUUUUUAUUAAAAACAUUUUAUUAUGAUAGGAGAAACCUGGAUCAUUUCUUGGCAUGCAUGCAGAGUUCUGUAAAUGCUGUGGAUCCUGAGACUGGUGGAGGGGAACUAACUGUUAGAAUUCCAAAAGAAGUGUUGUCUUGUGCACAUGGUAAGAAUAAUGAUAUGGAAAUCUUCUGCUAGUACCCAGGUAUACUUUUGGGCAGGUGAGGAGCACUGAAGGGUUAAAUGUAGUUACUGCCUUGGUGGAGAACACAGCACAGUGACUCAGUCAGGGCUUGAAUGUAGACCUCUCUAGCAAGAAUCCAGUGAGCUAACCACUAGCUCACUCCUUAUCUCUCUCACUCCUAAGAAGAUAUACUUCAGUUUAUCAUAUUCUGGUGGAAUAUGUCUAAUUGUACUAACUAUUUGUUAUUUUUAUUCUUUACUUAUUGUUUAAUGAAGAAGGUAAACAGUUCCGUGUGAGCAUUGAGUUUUCACUGGAGCAUCCUUUAGGAGGAAUACAAUUUGUUAUUCCCAAAGGUGAAGGUACCAUGUCUCAGGUAUGAAGUAGUUUUAAUCUGUUUAGGGUAUUACAUAAAUGCUGCCAGCUACCCUCUUUUAUUCAGAUGCUCAACCAAUAUGCAUCCAAAAAAUUGUUGUUAACCUAUAAAUGUUUUUUCAGUGUAAAUCCCUGAUUCACUGCCUCCCCUGGAAUGAAUCCUCCUUUGAACAAUUGCCCCUUCUAUUGAUUUAAAUUUCUGAGGACAUUCAAGUACUGUGAUAACAAAGGAUGUGUAAUUUUGAUCGUGUUAAAUCACCCUCACCUCACCUUGAAUAUUUGUGGCGGUAUUUUUUCAGUCUGUGUGCAUGUUCACUUUGGAACAAAAAAAAAAACCACACUUGUUAGAACUGUAGCAUUAGUUUUUCAUUUAAAUACACAGUUUUUUAAAUUUGUAUACAUGUUUUGGUUGUAAAUGUAUAUCAGCCAUAAAAAACAUUGAAUUGAGGGAGAUCUCUAUUGGUUUGUUCUGGCUAUUCAUGGAAUUGAUAUCCACCAAUUUGAACUAUUUCUAUAUACGUUGUUGCAGCGGUCAGCUCACUUGUUCAGCUAUGGUUGUGCAAAUUCUUCAAGGUAAGCUUGACUUAAUCAUAGAUUAUGCUACUUCUAUUGCUCUCACUGAGUAGUGUACAACUUUGGAUGCUGUGUAGCUUUUGGUGAAUUUGACCACCUGAGAUAGAAGUGAUCCUGCAACAAUUUUGGCUAUGAAUUAACUAUUCAGUUAGGAAACAGUGGAAGAGUUAAUUGAAGUCUCUCAAUAAUGUACAAUACUAUAAUGGACAUCAGAAAAGGCUGGAAUUGUUACAGGCUAAAACAUCCUUGACAAAAUAAUGACUGUAUUUUUUGCUUAGUGGAAAUUUAUGGUGCGAAAUCCUUUGUAACAUUCUCCUUUGUACAUUGAGUUGACAAAUAUUGAUCUGUGAUCAUUUGUAGGCUGUGGUUUCCUUGUGUGGAUUGUUACUCUGAACUGUGCACAUGGAACAUUGACAUCACUGUUGAUAAAGACAUGGUUGCUGUAAGCUGUGGUGAUCUUAAAGAACAGGUUUGAUGUCAUAAUUUAUGUCAUUAAGAAGGGAAGGUAUCGAGAAAAUGUUUAGCAGGAAUUCUGUGUUGGCUAAAGGAGACAAAAUGUGUUCUUGGUGACUCACUGGAAAAAGUAAUUGUGCUGUGAUUUGCUCGUUGAAUAGAUUUCUUUAUUUCUAUGUAGUGGUGUCAUUCCUGUUUGAUGUAAAUCUUGGACUUCAUAUAAGCCAUCAUUCUUAUGAAAAUGUAUACUGCUGUGUUGAAUUCUGGGUAUUUAUUGGUUAUUGAAUCAGAAUGAUGGUAAUUCUUUAUAGGUGUUGACUCCUGAUGAAAAGAAGAAAACCUAUCAUUACACCCUCUCUAUUCCUACCUCUGCUCCUAAUAUUGCUUUGGCUGUUGGGUAAGUCACAAUUCAUUUUACUUUGUCUUUCUGGAACAAUGUAUACUUCCCCCAACAAAACAGUUUUUGUUAUUUUAGGUGUUAAGUUUCUUUAAACAAGCUUCCAAGGCUUCGGUUUUAAUAACUUGAUUUUGUAGUGUAAAGGUAGAUACAGAGCUUGUACAGUGUCUUACAUUCUUGAGAAGUAACAGAAAUUUAGAGCUGAAUGUUGAAGUACUUGAAAAAUAGAGAUAAAUUGCUUUUAAUAGUCUGGACUGUUUUCUGAGACACAACAACUUAAUUGUUGAAUGGAUCUCACAACUGAAUUUAAGUGUUUUAAAAACUACUGGUCUGUGAUUUCAGUCAAAACCCUUAGUCCUGUACAUAAAAAUAAUGUUUUGUGAAAAGACUAUUCAAGAGAAAUGUUUAUAGUAUGUAAUGCUGGAAAACCCUGUCUCUUGCAGACCAUUUGAGAUCCAUGUGGACCCUGUUAUGCCAGAAGUAACCCACUUUUGUCUUCCUGGUCUACGCCCAGUUCUCAAAAAUGCCACAGCAUUUCUCCAUGAGGCAUUUGAGUUCUAUGAAGAAUAUUUAAGCUGCCGUUAUCCAUACACUUAUUACAAGCAGGUCUUUGUAGAUCAAGCCUAUGACAUCCUGUCACCAUAUGCAUCCAUGACAAUAUUUAAGUGAGUGCUGCCAUUACAGUACUGUAACCUGUUGCAAGUUAAGAGAAAAAGAGAUGAUUUAUUGUUGUGCCUCAUCAAAAAAAUUCUUUUUUUCAUUCCAGUACUAGUCUUCUUCACUCCUCAAGAGUUAUUGAUCAGGGAUUUGAGACUAGGAAGUAUUUAUCACAGGCAUUAGCUGAGCAGUUCUUUGGAUGUUAUCUAUGCAUACAAACGUGGUAAUUAGACACUAAUUGGUUAACUUCAAAUAAUUAUUAACAUGUUCCCCUUUUUUUAAUUACAGAAGAAUUUGAUAUAAUGAAACUUAUGUGUCCAGCUUAUGCUGUGGCUGUAUUAUCAUUGUAGUUUGUGUUGUGAGGAACUUUUCAUAAGUUAUUGGGUUAAGCAAAUACCAGAGUGCAAGAAUCAACCAGACAGAGACAAGGACAGUCAAGUAUGGCAGAUAUAGACCUGGUUACAUGGGACAAAAUUAAAUUCCAAAUUUUUCUAGAUGCAGAAACCAUAAUAUAGCACUUUUGAAUGAGAAUUUGUUGUUUUUCUUUAGGUCAGAUUUUUGGCUUUCAAGAGGUAUAUCUGGUUACUUGUUUGGUUUAUUUAUGAAAAAGAUGUUUGGUAAAAAUGAGUACAGACAUUGGAUAAGAGAGGUAAGUCAGUCUGUCAUAGAGCCCGUUUGGAGCCUGUGCCUUAUACUUCAAUAUCAAGUUGUGUUAACUGCCAGCAACCAUUUGAAAGAUAGGUUUGAAAAUAACAAUGUGAAAAUUGAAUAUGUUGUGCACAGGAAUCCAAACAAGUUUGCCAGUAUGAAAUGCAGGGCCCAGGAUUACCUCCUCUUCACAGUGCAGGAACAUUAUCGUCAUCCAGUGUACAAGGCUCCUCCUCAGGUCAAGCACCAGAGUCCCCAGGUGGAGGGUCCCCUCAUAUGCAUCCUCAUCUGACUUCAGGGAAGAACCUGGAGAUUGUUUGGAGCAAGUCACAUCUUGUUAUGAGAAUGAUUGAGAUGCGAAUUGGUCAGGAGCCGUUACUGCAGGUGCUUUAUGGUUACUUUUGUAGUUUAAUUAAGAGAAUCUUAUUUUGCACCUUAAAAUGAUAUACACACAAAACUCUUAGUGAAGGAUGUCGUUUUGUUAAGGAAUGUAUGUGGUAGGUAGGUAGCUAACAAGAGUGCGCAGAAGCCAAGUGGCUUUUGGUGCUUUAUUUUUUCCUGGUUUCCUUUCCUGAAUGGCAUGUUAGUCCAUUGUAGGUUACCUUUGCACAUUUUGUUAAUGUCUGACACAGUUUCCUUGUACCCAUUUGUGUGGGUGGGUGGGUGGAGAGAGGUAAGGUGUGACUUAAGUGUUUUCUCUAUUUAUAGUCAAAUCUGUUAAUAAGCAAGCCAGUAUGUCUCUCAAAAGGAAAAUAUUAUGCAGAACUAUAUUUUCUCAAGUGAUCUGGAAAGGGCUCAAAGUAAAAAUUUUAAAACCUUAUGUGGAGGAGGAGAUAUGGAUAUUUUUCAAAAAAAAACAGUGUUGUUUGGGUAAUCAUGAUGUACAGCAAAGAAUUUAAGUUAUGAUGUUAAAUUUUGUCUUACAGGUCUUCAACAAGCUUCUGUCACUUGCUAACAGUGCAGCGCAGCCUAGGGCAGACUAUAGUCUUUGGUCUAACCUCCUACUCUCCACCAGUGGGGUAAUGCUAAACAUGAAUGUAUAACUGUCUAACAUCUAAUGUCAGUGGUAGUGCAAGUUAUAAGUCAGAAUAUAAGUUGCAAUUUGAUAAAACCUAAAAGUUGCAUAACUCUUUCAAGCAGUGAUGGUGACAGGUAGAAAGGUAAAGGAAGUGAUGAUAAUGAUGUUUAUGAAAAUGGGAUUAAUGUUAAAAUGUAUUUUAAAUUUAUUGCAAAAAAUGUAUAUUUAAGUUAAGUAGUUAUAUUUAUUUUAAAGUGGAUUAUUUUAUUGUAUUUUAACAGUUCCUCAAGUCAAUAUCCACAGUUUCUGGUAAAGAUAUCAAUGUUUUUGUGGACCAGUGGAUGUAUCCUAAUAGAUAAGAAUUGAUUAAAAAUAAUCACCCUGUCUGCAUCAUUCAGUGCAGCAAUUUCUAUCAAGACACUCAUGGUCAUGGUAUCCUCAGAAACUGAGAGAGAAAUGUUUUCAUCGGCAAAGUUUUUAGUCUUUUCCUUUAAUAAUGCUAUAGUUGUCACAGUGGUGUGGCUAAAUUCCAUGGAAGCUUUGUGUUCAACAGAAAACGUAAUAUUGUAGAGCUUCAAAUCAAACAGGAUAUGUCCAGAGGAACAGUAAAAUAUUUGGUAAGAGAAACACUUAAACUUUUAGCUCUAUUGCAGAUUUGUAAUUAUUAUAUAGUGUUGGUUUGCACUUCAUCUUUCCUAUUGUAAAAUUAAUACAGACCUAUUUCCAUGGUAAAAUAAGGAAACAUGAAUUUAUUAAGGAAUGAUAUUCCUACACUUUUUUCAACAAAUAUAAAUCUUGGAGAUUGUGUGUUACCCACAGGGACCUUUGACAGUGUGCAUUCAGGAACUGGAUGGAUCAUUCAAUCACACUGUCCAGAUAGAAGAUGUUUAUAGCCGCCAUGAAAUACCUUGUCAUUCAAAAAGUCGCAGAAACAAGAAGAAGAAGAUUCCACUGAUGACAGGGGAGGAGGUUGACAUGAAUCUUGAUGCCAUGGAGUGAGCAAAUAUUUUCUUGCUUAAUUUCAUAGUCUAAGCCAGCACCAUACAUACUUUCCUUCAUUUACCCUAACAGUUGGUAGACUUCAGCUUCAGGAAUGUCUUGAGCAGACAGGAACAUUGACCCUAUCACUCUUGACAUCUCAGUAGUUAUACUCCUUACUGUCCUCUAUACAUUUUCUGUUUAGUUGAUUCUCAGAAUUCAGUGCUAAAAGAUAACCCUUAGUUGAUAUUUUUCUUAUUCUCAGCACCUGUAUUGGUACUGAAAGCAGAAAUUAUUUCUUGCCUUCUCCUAAGAGUGAUAGGGUUAUGCUGCAUUGUAACAAGAUGCCUUUGACAAGUUUCCUGUUAAAAAAUUUUCAUUUUUGGUUAAAAACAGAAAAGUAGAGAAUGGGAAGUUUUUCCCAGCCUAGAAUAAAACCACUGUUGACAAAAACUUAACUUUAUUUCUCUUUAAACUGGAAACAGCUCUGAUUCACCUGUGCUGUGGGUUCGUAUUGAUCCAGAGGUUAGUUGGUUGCGGUAUGUUUCAUUUGAACAGCCUGACUACAUGUGGCAAUAUCAACUGCGGCAUGAGAGAGAUGUUAUUGCUCAGAGUGAGGUAUGUGUUAACAAAUAACAUUUCAAUCUAAAAGCACCUUUUUUUGUUAAAUUUUCUCAAUAUGUUUUUUAACAGCAAUGAUUGUCAUCAUCUUGAGACACUUGGAAUACAAGAUUUGAAAUUAUCAGCCUCUGGCUAACAAGGAACAUGUUGAAUGCACAGACUUUUUAUCUCCUUUGAAUGAGUAAUGAAUAAAGAACUGCCAAAGUCAUAUACUUUAGAACAGAGGCAGAUGUAAUGGUGGGCAACCUGAGCAUUCAACACAUAUAUCUGUUUUUUUGUUUUGUUUUGUUAUGGGAGAUAUAACAAGAAAAUAGUCACUAGAAUAAACAGCCUCUAACCAAGUUUAGACCAAUUUAUUUCUUCUGUUGUUGUUUAACUGUUAGUGUGUUACAAGCAUGCACUGGCUAUUGGAUGCUCUCUUGACAAAUAUGUUCCUCAGCUAUCUUAAUGUACUAAAUAAUGACAUUCAAUAUGUACUUUUAGGCAAUUAAGGCUUUGGAGCAAUUUGCAACACAAGCAACAAGGCAAACACUGAUAGAUAUAAUAAACCAAAAUGGAUGCUUUUAUAAAGUCAGACUUGAAGCUUGCUUUUGUCUUGCUAAGGUAUGGAAAGAUAGCAAAAAUUUGAAUCUGUUUAUUAGAAAGUAUUUCCAUUUAUUUAAGUUUCUCUCUAAAACCCUAUCCAUGUAAUGUAUAGUUAAUCAGCUCAAUGAUUUAAAACUCAGGAAAAGAAGAAUUUUCAGUUUUUACCCACAUUUAGCUAAAGCUCUGUAGGCAGCUCAAGGGCUCUUUCAUAAUUCUGCUCAUCUCACUGAGCUCAUUAGCUCAACAGUGUCAUAUUCAAAAGCCUACUGGCCCAGUACUGCCAGGGACCCACUGUGGUUUCUGUAGCUUGAUUUAACCAGGAAGAUUGUUACUCAUCAUGCAUUGAUUUACAGUUCAUUGCAAUUACAAGUAGUCCCCUUGUCAGUAUUUUCUCACAGUUUUCAGGGUGAAGAGAGGCACUGUGAGAGUAGAGGUGCCUCAAGGUUCUAUUCUUGGUCCCUUAUUUUUUAUCCUGUAUGUUAAUGAUUUGAACAAUGCUUCCCUGCUUGAUGCAAUCUUGUUUGCUGAUGAUACAAACUUAUUUAUCUCCCAUAAUGACCCUGUUUACCUAAUUAACACAUUAAAUAGAGAAUUAAACAAAUUGUCAACCUGGUUUGCAGCAAACCGGCUCUCCUUGAAUUUAGCCAAGACUAAUUUUAUGGUAUUCAAGCCUUGGCAAAAGAAGCAAUCCUUUGAAUUUCAAGUUUUCAUAAAUGAGCAGCCUAUUCUUCGUGUUUCUGAGACCAUGUUUUUGGGUGUUUUAUUAGAUGACAAUUUGACCUGGAAAUCGCAUAUAUCCUUAACAGCAAAUAAAUUAUCCAAAUCUAUAGGUAUUAUUCAUAAAUCUAGGUUUUUUCUCUCUACUCACUCCCUUAAUUACUUUAUACAAUUCUAUGAUCCUUCCAUAUUUGUAUUAUUGCAAUUUAGCUUGGGCUGGUACCUAUAAGUCAAACCUUCAAAGAAUUGUAACCUUACAGAAACGUGCGUUAAGAAUAGUAAGCAAUUCUACAUACAUUGCCCAUACUGGCCCUAUUUUAAAGGAACUUAAACUCUUAAAAUUUCAUGAUAUCCAUUCGUUUCAAUUAGGUACUUUUAUGUUUUCAUUCAAGAACUCUACACUCCCUUCCAAAUUCAAUAACUUUUCUUUACUGAAUAGUCAAAUCCACAAUUGUAAUACUAGGAAUGCUCAGUCCUUCCGUUUGCCACUGUGCAGAACGAACACCAGGAAGUUUUCAAUUUACUUUCAAGGUCCAAACUUUUAUAAUUCGUUAAAUUCUGACAUAACUAGUUCUCCCUCCUCCGCUUCUUUUAAAAGAAAGCUUAAGGAAUUUCUUCUCUCUAAGUAUUAGCUUCUGUAAGGCAGUAAUUCUUAACUAACUUAGUUAAUAUGUGUGUGCGUGUGUGUGUGUGUGUACGUGUGCGCGGUCAAAGUUAAUUACCAUAAGUCCAUAUUGUAAUUCUAAUAUAAGAUUAGUUAUUUUAAGUGAGAAAGCCUGACUUGUUAUAAGCCUCGUGGUUUCUUUCAGGUUUUCUCGCCAUUUAUUUUCUGUCAUCAAUUUUCUUCAUUUUUUUUUUUUUUUCCAUGUGUAAAUGUCGUAUAUGGCAAAUAAAUAUUGUAUUGUAUUGUAGAGUGUCUUCCCCAAGAAUACAGCACACUGUCUUGAUCCCCAUGGUUUAUAUUUCCUACUCCUUUAAAAAGAAAAAAAAACAUCAUUUUUUCCUUCCCUCUCCAUCCAAAACAGGUUGCAACUGCUUGUGCUUCCAGUUCAAGUUCAAGUUGGCAUGGACACACAACCAUGAUUGGAAUUUUCCGAGACAUGUUUGGUUCACAGUCAUGCCCUCACAUCGUGAAGUACAAUGACUUCACAAAUUUCAUCUCUUACUUCAUACAAAAGGUUUGGUGUUAUGUUCUUAACAGUAUAAUGAAGGGUGUUGGGUAGAUUUUGUUGAGGAGUUAGGGAGUUGUAAAGGACUCUUUUAAGAUAAGAAGUACAAACAAUGCAUUGUUAUUCUGUGAAUCAAGUUUCUAACUACAUUUCUUGUUAUGUCCAGGCUCUGCCAGUUGCUACUGCCUCUGUGAGAAAUGUUCAUUCCCAGUGUCCACGUGAAGUUUUACAGUUUAUACUGGAUUUGAUUAAAUACAAUGACAAUAGACUGAACAAGGUAUCUUGUUUUGACUUCAGUUCUCACUGAGAAAAAAUAGUUAUUUUUUUCAGCAUUUUAUGUUUUUUUCAUCGCACUUAAGCAGUUUUUUCAUCUUCACCACUGCUCAAGUAGUGUUCAUCACUGCAAAGAUCACUUUCAUAUUAACUUAGAUACUAGCAUGUUGAUCAACAAGAACCUUGUAAAAGUCACAAUUUAGAAAUCUGUUGAUGUUCUUCUCCAUGAUGCAGUUCAUUUUGAAAUAACCUCUUAUAGGUAUUUCAGUUAGGAAACAGGGUGUUGCAGUUCUGUACCCCACAGGAAAAAGGUCGAAGAGUUUUGGACCUGUCUCAAGCCUUCCCCACUUUUUCUCACUGUGCAUGCAGCUCCCUGCACCAACCCAUCACUUGGACAUGCUAAUCCAAAAAUAAAUGAUUUGUAUAGAAUCACUGUAAAAAAAGUAUUUUUUAUUGUUUGCUAUUUUUAUAGUACACAGAUAGCCAUUACAGAAGUGCCCUCAUUGAUGCACUGGCCAGUACCGUUACUCCUGGUGUCUCCAUAGUUACCACAAAUAGGCAUGUACACAUCUCCCUUAAGUUCUUUCUAGAUUUACUGCUAUGAAAGUUAUUUUCUCUACAACAAAAAAGAAUAAAGAAUUCUCAAUUCUUUUCUUUUACCUGACACACUUUCCACAAUCCACAAGAUUACUGCAAUUCCAAAACUUAGUAUAAUUUCACUGUUGAUUGUAGAGAACCAACUGCUAUAAAUGGUGCAGGGUUACACUAUUACAAGUCAUAUCAAGAGUGUACCUUUCAGCUGACACGUUCUUCAUAUCUCAUCAUAUGUAUGUUGCAUAAUGUGUUACAAUUACGAAGCGAUAGUACACGUUGAUCACCCCUUGGAAAUAUAACAAGACACCGAUAGAGUAGGCCACUUCUAUCUCUGUCAGAAACUUCAUUUCGUUCCGAUAAGGACAAAUAAAAUUUACAUUAAUUGUUGUUUUUUAUUUUUGCGUAUGUUUUCUUUGAUUGUUCGUUAUUAUAACGUUUUCAUUGUUUACUAGUGAUGGCAGUACAGUGGUCAAGUUAACAGAAGAAACACAACUAAUCCUAGGCGAGGUGACUCGCCAGCUGAAUUUAGAAAAGUUACUUCCAACUUACAGAUACGUUGUGUCUGUAAGGUGAGUGUGGGCAUUUCUUAAAAGAUAUAAAAAACCCGCUAGUAACACAUAGUUUUAGAGAGGACAUGCUCCAAAGGCCAAACAAUCAAAUUCUGGAGGCUGUGUGUGUGAGAAUUGAGCAUACAUUGCAGCUUUUCCGUUCAUGCGCACCAGUUACAUUGUGGUUGUUGAUUAAAUUAAAGGCAGAGGAAACCAUGACCAAGUGAUUGGUUUUACUUUUGCAUCUGAUUGGUUGAGAGGUUGCCACGAGUUUACUAGACCAAUCACAAAGCGCAUUCAAAGCCAAUGUUUCUUCGGAUGACUUUUGACACUCAGUCGAAACUUGCUCUAAGGUCACUGUUAUAAGUUAAAUGUUAUCUCUCUCGCAGCUGUCUAAAGGCGCUAAGAGUUCUUCAAGUCAAUGGUCAAAUCCCGUCUGACCCUGCUGCAUUUGAAUACUAUGCCAGGUGGGUUUUUUCAAAGCAAGUGUAUUCAAUUAGUAGUUGAAAUUGGUUUGUCCAAAAUUAUAGUUUGAACGUUUUUCUAUUUUCACAUAUUCUGUUUCUAUUCCUUGUCCAGCUAUGGUCAUUUUGAGGAUAUUCGACUGGCAGCUAUUGAGUGCCUUGUGGAUCUCUCCAAAUGUGAGUUGCCAUACCCAACCAUCUUUGUUCCCCUCCGGCUGAUUUUUCAUCUAAACCUUUUUCCUUGAAAAAUUGUUAGUUUAAAAGUUUCUUUCCAAUUAACAACACUUUCCAACGACUCAAAACAUUUCAAAAGAAGGCUGACUGCUCCUCUAAUGUUUAGUUUAAAAUUAGUUGCUUUUGGUUUGUUUGUAUUUGGAAACGAUUUUACCAACAUUCCAUCUGCCCAAAAGAUGGUGUUAAACGUCGCGAGAAUAUUCUUUUAUUCUUGAUUUUUCAGCCGAGAACCUUGAAAGAGGAAUGAUUUACUUGAUUGGUCUUAUUGAGAGAGACCCGGUUCCAUUUAUCAGGUUUUUAUCAACUUUGAUUGUUGGUCUGAAGCAAAAUCUUCAAACCUAAUUAUUCCUUUUACCGGCCACACGCUUUACGUGAAAAAAUCUCCUCUUCAAUUCUCUAUUGUUGUGUAAGCUCGUGCAUCUGCAGUGAGAGAUGUUGAAUCUGGAUUCGCCUUUGAGACUUUGUGAUUGACGUGUAACUUCUCCUCACAGUUUCAGUUCAUUAUAUUGCAAACAAUUGAUGAUCAUAGACAAGCGUAUCAGCCAGAGGUUGUUAUCUUCAUGGAACUGACUCUAAAUGCUCCUUUAAUUUACCAACUAAUAAGUUGCAGUUGGAAAGUGGAAUAGCCAAUCAGAUCUUGAGUGUCAAUUGGGUAAAUUGAUUGUGCACAACCUUGUUUGUUUACAGACACUACACUCUUUGUUCACUCACAAAGAAUCCUCCAUUCUCACGCAAAUCAGAAUCUUCUCUGAACAAUCUGGAUCUUGUGGAAUCCUUGUGGCGGUUAAUCAAGUGAGUGUUGCCAAGCGCUAACCAUGAAUCUCGGGUUACCACUCAUUUAUUUGUUAUUACACAUUUCCUUCAUAAUUUAGACGGUUCCGUCCAACAUCGGGUGGCUUUGUCCGAUUUCGGGUGGUUCCGUUCAAUGAUGGACGGGUGGUAUAAUUUCUAAAUUCACAAUAUGAUUUUUUGGUAUUUUUUCUUUCUCCUGCGAUUGCUUCUCUGUACAACUCUUCCUUUUUCAUCUUUAAUUAUUUUUGGUUUAUUUCUCUUCUUAGUACCAGUUCCUCAGUUGAUGCUCGACUCAGACGAGAUGGAGUGGAGCUGUAUAAUGCAUUGUGGGGCCGGCUGACACCUGGCUGUGUUCCUCCUCAGGGGGUGAGUGUAAGGUAACUGUAAGUAAAGAAGCGAAUAGAAUGUGAAGUAGACGGUUUGGCGACUAGUUAAAGGCAUCGGGUAAAGUCUUCUGGGGUGUCAACUUUUCAUUUAUUAUCUCAAUAACGUUUUUUUUUAAUGGUUUAUCUUGUAGAUGGGCAUCGUGAUAGAUCUGAAGGAAAGGAAAAUAAUGAGCCUGUCUCCUCUUCCACCACCAGCAUCCCCGGUGAGUUAUAAACAAUCGUCACAAUUGACUCACUGACUCUAGUUUUUCACCUCUACUUUAAAGUAAACAACAGUUUUAGUUUCUUCUCUUUUAAAGGUCAUCGUGUUUUCUGCCUGUGCCAUUUUUUUUAUUAGAUGACUUUUAAAACGUCUCGAGAGAAGCACUGUAUUAAAUAGACUUACGUUAUGAAACUUGAGUUCCAGUGAGGAAUUUCGCCAACAAAUCAGUUCAUGUUUACGUUUUUAUGUCAUCAUCCGUGAUGCAGGGAUCUGUCAGCGGUGAAGAAUCAACAACAUCAAAGAAAGGUCAGAAGAGAAAAGCUUCCAGAGCAACGUCGCCUGCAGGUAAAAAAAAACACACACUUGAAUAUUUAAUCUAAAAUUGAUUACCGUGUUUCCUCUUAGUAAUUUCUUUACAUCGAUCAGCAAACAAGGGUUGAGAAAAUACAAACCUUACAGCGGAAGAGUAAUAUCUUGACAUAACAAUAUAUUCUCUUUGUGGGAAUUUACAAGGAAGUGUGCAGCAGCUAGAAGGAAAGGGAAGGGAACGGUUAACCUGUCCUCGAAAUUGAAACGGUUUCCAUCUUUUUCACUAGAGUUAAGUCAUCUUGACUCCCAGCCUGGUACACCUGUGAGUGUUGAGUCUGCUAAUUCUGAGGCCAGCAAACUUCGUUUGAAGAUUAAGGUAUGUAGCUAAUAGUCAAGCACUUCGGGAGGAGUACCCAGGAUCCUCUUUGGAAAGAAUGCUUACUUUGCCUUUUUACUUACCAGUUCAUGAGGUAGUUUUGUGUUACAUCCUUUUUGAUUAUAGAUUGGAGGAGAGGAGAGCGGCACUGAAAGUGGAGGAGAGACUCGAGUGAAACCAGCCCUUGAGCCUGGUGCCCCAACUCACAAGAAACACAAGAAGAAGAAAAAGAAACACAAAAUUAAAGACGAGCGAGAAAAAAGGAAAUUGAGCACGAGUAGCAGUAACUACGACUCACCACUGAUGUUCGACGCCAGUCUCCCUUAGGAUUUAAAUGAAAGGGAGCUUAGGUCUGGAACUAAGAAUUAGUUAAGUAAUUAUGAGGAGUCACUGAAAACUCAUAGUAGACUCUAGUAACCCUCUGUAAGUUCGGAAAAUGAUGAAGUCGCCAUUGCUUUUAGUUUUCAUCUGAUUUGUCAGGUUGUGGUGGAAACCCAUGGCAAUCAUACUUUCUACACUCGAGAAGAAACUGUUCAUCUGUGGACAAAUGACAGUUGUAAACUAAGAUUUAAAGUCGUUCAACGUUGCUGAUUGACUUUUUUAAGUUAUCUAAUAGUAACUCAGUUACAAUAUCGUUAUCAUCGGAUAAAGAAACACUGUGUCGAGAGAAGAGCAUAACUAAGUUUGGAUGUUUCAGCAUUUUAAACACCAAGAUAGACUUUGGAAUCUGUUGAAAUUUCUAUACAAACAUCUGAUAUUCUCAAGAAGUUUGAAAGAACCUUUUAAUCGAAAUUCUACGAAAAUUUUCCGGCUGCCGAGUAUACAGCCACAGUGUAAUUUCAUAUUCUGAUUUCUUCCUAUUGGGCCUUUACCUUUAAUUCUCCCUUUUUUCUGAACCAGCGUCGUUCCAGUUAGACGUAACGUAACAUGUGCUCGAAACCGGGCGACCACCUUUUCUUGGCAUAGGUUUGUAUGUACAGUCAGUGGAUCUUUACAACUUUGUAAUUGGUGGUGAGAGUUAGUUACACUACAACAAGAACCUGUUAUCUUUUGUAAGUAAGAAUAAAAACAAUAUUAAAUACAUUAGAAACCAGAGUUUGAAUUAAUCACCCAAAAGUAAGAAUAAUCCGGGACAUGCUAAUGCGAGAUAUGUUUCAGUUAAAAUUGACCUCUGCCCAAGUAGAGACAACAUGGUCAGUGUCUUGAUUCCAGAUAUUCUCUUCAAUGUCAGAGAUAACAAUCUUAUCGUUAUCAGAAUAUACUCUUUAGACGGGCGUUUUAUCCCCUGGCAGUUUUCCUGGAAAAUUUCUAUGAUGAUAAAAUCGCUAGAAGCUGUAUUUUGUUACAUUGGUUAUAAUAACCUUACUAAGGUCGUAGGUGCGACUCCUGUGGAGAGCACUCGGAGUUCUCUUUAUCCAAGUUAGUAUGCCUGUCUCCUUCACUGAAUAACUUCUUUUUUCACUUAAACACAAGCAGACCCAAAAAAAUUCACAUCUUCGUUUACAUCAUCAACGUGGAGAAGAAAAAAAGCACAUUGGAGAGCUAAGAUAAUAAGAUCUUAGAAUGUCAAUGAAAGUUGUAAAAAGUAAUAAAUUUUUAAAUUUCAGUCGCCUUCCCCUAUCUCCCCUCCCUUUCCGCUACACUGACCCACCAAUUCCAGCUUGUUCCAAGCACCCUUAUAAUUUAUUACGAAAGGUAUGCUCGUUUGUAAUUUUCUGCUGUCAUUCCAAGCGAUUCCGAAAGGUCUGGUUGUUUUCAUAGGAGGAAAGUAACCGUAAAUCACUGUCCCCACCUCAGGAUAGCCGUCUGACUUGAUCCCAGUACUACUCGGACAAAGACAGUCAGGAAAAAAUACCGUAGUUGCCAUAUCAUCUUCCAAACAACAGCGGGAAAUCUGUAUCUGUGAAAGAUGAGGGGUGAAAACUGGCUUGUUUUCAUAUUAGUGCUGUUCAUCUUCGAGAUAUUUUGCCUUCAUAUUAUGGUAUGUUUUAUUAUGACUGUUUUUCUUGGUUGUAUUUGUUUUGCAAACGAUCACAAAUUUCUAUACGUGCCAUUACACUGCACUACAACUUUUUAAAGUUGUCAUUAAUUAAAAUUAAAAUUUGUCGAAUAGCUUGCAUUUCAGAGUAUAAAGCGCUCUUUCCUUUGAUUUGUGUACGUCCAAGGUUCUUUUGGUAUACAUUUCACUUUCCCUGUCUCACCUUAGAGGUGAUAGAUCAAAUCAUCGCUCCUUGCCCCUGUGAUCUAUAUCAGAUCAGCUGAGGACGAUGCAGAUACUCCAUUUUAGAUUACACUCAGACGAGACACAUCAAGAAACGCAACCUCAUAUCUGAUGGCUAAAACACCUUUGAUUCAGCGAAUUUAACUUGUUAUGAUGAUGUUACAUUAUAUUAACUUGGGUGCGUGGGUGCGGAAUCAGAACUCACUCUCACAGUUUUGCAACUACCCACAUUGAUAUAUGUGGAAACAAACUGAAAUGUUCUUUCUAUAUUCUUCAUUUUAGGGAAAUGAUAUAUAUUCCAUGUCCAGUAAGUGGAAGAUUUUCCAUUUUCAUGCAGUAAUACACGUAAUCCCCAUCUUCUGAGCUGUAGCUAGUGUAAAGUUCUCUUGCAAUAUAUAUAUUACUAAGUACUUUGAUUCACAUUCAUCACGCAAUCCAUUGAGCAGUUGUCUUCUGUACUCAUCAGUAAUUUUCUGCUUCCCAACGGGUACUAACUUUUAGCAUGUUUGGUUUAUUAAAACUUUGCUGAAAGUCUUAGUUCCAUUAUUUUUUUUAGCAUUUACUAUCCAAAAGAUGUCACAUGUUUGUUGUAAUAUGGCGUCAUAUCUGUGCGCAACUUAACGGGACGUCCUUUAAUUGUUUUGUCUUAUGAUUCACCAAACACUGAUCAAUAUUUUAUGUUUACAACACAGACCUCACUCCAGUCAGGUUUAUUAUAAAAUGAGUUCCACUAGAUCAAUAUCCAGUCCAGGUAGUGGGAAGCAGUACUUCUUAUUACAAUGUUAUUUGGUGUUAAAGGAAUUGAUACCAAACUGGAAGAAUAUCAAAGAUAUUGAUAGACAUCAGCAAGUUCCCUAAUUAUCUGAUGAUGAUUUUUGCAGACAUUCCUCAGCCAUCUGCAGAAUUCCCCAUUGUACUCUUUAAUGAACUAGAUUAUCAAACUUCCUCUCAAAAUGAUUACACUCGGCUUAAAGAAGAAGAAUACCAUGUAUGGGGUCAAACAGUUGGGGAUGAGAAAAGAGAAUUCCGCUAUCGAUCAGUAAUAGUGAUGCCAGGAAGGACACUCACAUUUAAAGGUAAAUAACUUUGUGUAUAUGAAUUACUCAUAGACGAUAUUUUAUGAUAACUUGAUGUUUUGUAAGUUUUAGGAUACUCACUUCUAUAGACCACUAUAAUGAUCGCUAUAUCCAGAACAAAGUAUGUUAUUUCUCCUUACAGUAUCACCCUAGAAUUAUACAUUAAGGUUACAAGAAUAAAGGAAAUGAUCACCAACUAAACAAGCUCUUGAUUGCUUUAAAAAAUUCUCCUUGUCAGCACCUUAGGAACUGCACAGGGAACACCAAGGCAAAUAAACAUAAUGAUGUUAGGGUGGAAAGAGGUAGAGAUUUUGAACCAACUCCAUUGAGUCACAGAAAUAAUUAUUUGAUGCAUGGUUAGAACUCUAGAUAUAACUGUUAACCCUUUAACUCCCAUGAGUGACCAAGACAGAAUUUCUCCUCACAAUAUCAAUACAAUAUCAACCAGAUAAGUGAUGAGAAUAAAGAAAACUAGCAAUUGAGGGUUAAUUAAUUGAUCCAAUACUAAAUUCUCUGAGUAACAUAAGAAUUGUAUGGUUGACAGUGAGGAGAAUUACAAAUUUAAUCUUGGAGUUAAAUGGUCAAUUGCCGACUUUUUCAUAAUUGCAGCUGGCUUUCUGAGUGGAAACAAAUUUACAUCCUCCAUCUAUAACAUCACAAACAUUUCAAAUAUCCACCUGUGGAUGUUUGAUAACCAAGAUGUCGGUGGCUCCUCCGGGAUCUGGUACACACAGUGGCCUCACUGGGAGAUGAACUUUGCCCUUAAGUUAGAGCCAUGUCCUAACUGUUCACGUCCAGACUGUGGCAGCAAAACCUGCUAUUUUGGUACAUGUGGAAUAAGUGGAGAAUGUCAGUGCAUCACUGGCUAUUCAGGAGAAAACUGUACUACAAGUAUGUUUAUUGACUCCUUCUCUGAAAAUUAGACUCACUUACAUGUAAUAUCACACCAAAUAAGACAUUUUAUGCAGCACCUAGUGAAAACAAGCAUCAUUUGUUGUAAUAAUGGUACAAAGUUUAAUGUGGCCAGGUGUUGCUUCAGCAUGAAAAAUUGAAAAAUCAAAGACUUUUGUAAGGGAACUUGCAGGGUAUGUCUUUUACUGUGAGACAACUCUAUUGAUGUGAAUAGUUUCAGGCUGUUUGAUGGUGAUUUAUAUUAGACUGAAUAGGAACUAUUGGAGCACUUACCAGUUUGACUACUUUCUUUAGUGCCAUGUUGAUUCACAGUCUCUAAUCUUAACAAUGAAUUCAGUUUGGUUGCCAUUCUGUGCUACAUUAGGGUAACAAACGCGGUUGUCUAAUUUUUACCUUAGACCAAAAGUGGAGGUAUACUAAAAACAACAAGAUUUUGAAAGUUUCAUUGUCAGUUUCAUAACGUUAUUGUUGUCAUUUUUUUUUCUCAUAGGACCUACUGAUCUUGAGAAGUUUCCAUCAAUUCAAUACCCUCUUAUCUUGUUUCCUGGAACAUAUUUUCAAGGAGCACCGAAGAAAGUUGAACCAGAUGCUUUUGAAGUUUUUGCCCAAAACAGCCAGAGUAAGUUGUUAUAUACUUAUCAGUCCAUGCGAAUUCUGUUCCAAAGGAAGAUUACUUUCUCUCGUGUGGACCACAAUGCUGAGGUGGAACUUCCUAUUGGACGAGACAUUGAAGAUAUUCCAUUGUUCAUGAUUAUGAAUGAAGAUGUAGGAGAUGAGCUGUGGAUUAACUAUUCACCAGCAAUAGAACUAAGCUUUGCUGUUAAAGUUGAAGACAAUCCUGCUUGUACCAAUUGCAGUUAUGUUGGUGGUAGUUGCUUUAAUGGAAGCUGUGUCUGCCUCCCAGGAUAUGGAGGAGAAAACUGUGAUAGCUAGUGCAGUAUGAUUAGUGUGUUCUGAUGGGCCUCUAACUUUUCAGUCCACUAUGUAUUAUACACUUUGGUUGCCAGUAAUGGAAUGUUGUCACCCAUUGUUUCAAAAACCCAAACCAGGAUAGUUAUUAGAGUCACUUGCACUCUCUUCUUAUGACUCCAAUACAGUCACAACCACUGAUGACAGUCCUUUUCAAGGCAACCUUAACCUCUAACCCUGGUGAUGAAACUUGAGGGUCCAUUGUUACUCCUGUGUGGAAACCCUAAGUUGUAUCUAUAGUUUCAGUUUCAUGUACCAAACCAGCACUAUAUACCUCAAGUAUAACAAAACAUUAAACCAUAACUAUUGAAUGACCCUUUUGUAUAAUGAUUUUUUAUUUAUUGCUAUUUAUUUGAUGAUUGAUUUGUAUUUAAUAGUUUUUUCCUCUUUUUUAUACUCCUGAAGCAUGGGUUAUUUUUUUAGCUUUAUUUCCACAGCUUCUUCACUUUUAUAUGUAAGAGCUCUGAUCUUUUAUUUUAUGAGAUCCUUUUUCUCAGCAUAUUUUAAAGUUCUGUUUCUUAAGUGGUUGUAGUGAUAAAAUUUAAAAAUAAGUUAGUGCAAGUUCAAUUGUACAUAAUUUUUGAUAUUAUGCUUUGAAAAUGCACUGUUUUCAAACCUAGUUGUAUAUUUGAUUAGGCUUGUUUGAUAUGUUUUUUUAUACCUUUUUUAUAGACAUUCAUGUUUCAAAUUUUGUUAAUAAAUUGUAUUUUUCCAUAAUGUCUUCUGGAUUGAGUGAAUUCAGUAAAUGGCACAAACUACUACUUUUGAUCCUGUUGAUCAUGAAGGACAUUUUU